UUUCACAUAGAUUUUUUUUUUCUCAUGAAUGAAUGUCCCGUGAGGGAACUCUCUCCUGGCCCCCGCGUCGCCCCCCGCGUCGGGCGACUCGGGCGGCGGAACCCUAGCCGCCGCCGCCGCCGCCCUUCCCCGCCCCUUCCUCUGCCUUGCCGUCGCCUGAGCGAGCGGCCGGCAAAGCCGGCGGCUCGCGAGGACGGCGGCGGCUGGGCUCGCGGCGGCCAUCUCCCGAGCUCCUGGCGCGGGUGGACGCAAAGGCGGUGGCCGACCGGAGCGGCGCCGGCGUCGAGGCGCAUGGCGGCGGAUCCGGCGUCGCCACCACCGGAUCUGGCGCGCUCGCAGCUGGAUCCGGUCACGGAGGCGCGGGCACGGCGUCGGCGAGGCGUGGGCGCUGGCGGCCGCGACAGGCGGUGGCAUACGCGACGGUGGCGCAGGCACGGGCGGCCGGGCGGCGGCGUCAGGCGUGACGGCGGAGCAAGCACGGGCAGCAGCGGCAGGCUCGGAGGCGCAGCUGCUGUGGCCGGUGGCUCGAUGCCUGGCGGCGACGGCAGCGGUGCCCCCAGAUCCGUGCCUCUCGGCUGGAUCUGGAGGAUGGGAGCAGUCGGCGACGGCGACGACGGUGUGGCGACGGCAGCGGCGGUAGUUGGCCGAUGGCAGUUGGCGACGGCGGUGGCGGCUGUGGUGGCUGCCGUGUCAUCUGGCAACGGCGGCGGAAGACAUGGCGUCGGGCUGCUAGCUGUUCGGUGGUGGAGGGCGACGGCGGAGCAGCGAUUUGCAGAGGCGGCGGUUGGCGUCGGUGGCAGCGGCGACGGCGGUUAUGACUCUGGAGGCAGUGGCGACGUCGGCGGCGGGGAAGGAGUCGGGGGCGAGGUGGCUGGGUGUUCGGCAACCAAGGCUGUGGUGGUGGUGACCGUGUUUGCGGUCACCGGAGGCAUGGCGGCCUCGGUUGACUAACCGAGGGCAUGGGAGACGGCUGUAGCUGGCCGGCGCGGCAUCGUUCGGUGAAGGGGUCGGAGACCGGCUUGGCGCAGAGAAGUGCAGCCGAUGGCAGCGGAGGCCGGCUCGGCGCGAGAGGCGCGGGCGGCGGAGAUGGAGGCCGGCUGGGCGCGAGAGGCGCGGCCGAUGGAGGGAGGCCGGAUUGGCACGAGAGGCGCGUCCGUUGGAGGAGGCCGGCUUGGCGCAGAGAGGCGCGGCCGGCGGUGGAGGAGGCGACCUAGGUAUGAGGAGGAGCUGCCGGUGGGUGCGGCGCGGUCUUCGGCGCACGAAGCCUGGCCAGCGGGGGACGCCGGUGCAGGGGUCCCACAUAUCAGCAAAGCUUGUGCGGUGGUGGAGCAUCGGUGCGCCAGCCGUGCCUUUGUUGGUCUACUAGCGGUCGGCCACGCUUAGCGGCGGCCGAUCCGGUACUAGCCUUCUCCUGGGCGUGUGUGUUGGCGAUGUCGUCAUGUGGGUGGUGGUAUUUUUUUCUUUUCCUGCUUACGACUCUCCAGGGUUGUAAUCUUAUACUUUUUUUUCCUGCUCUAUCAAUAGAACUUCGCACCGUCUCGUGUGAGUCGUUCAAAAAAUUUCACAUAGAUGCCAUGCAGAAGCAACUUUGUUAUCUUGUUCAAGGCGGUGCGUAGUUCUUUUCCUUGAAAUUUAAUCCAAAUCUAUGCAAAAUUAACAAAAUAAACAAGGAAUUAAUUGUAAGCA